CCUACUCCUCGGUACACACAGAGUUGAGCGUCCGGUUUUUCUGCGGGCCCCGUCUGUCGCGCGGAGCGCUGCUCCGACAAACAGUCGCGCGUAGGCGUCCGCCACGCGCACAGCGUUACUCGGCUCAACUUUCAUCAUAACAUCAUACUCACUUUUUUACAUCAGGAUGUCGUACGAGUAGAUAAUUAUUUGUACCCUUGUACUUUUAUACUCAUAAUUAUCUCGAGUGCGGUGCAGUAUAGCAGCAGCGCCAAAAAUCGUGUUUAAAUGAGAGCCGCGCUCGCUGUUAACCAUCAGCAGACGACGGCUCGUUGUUGUCGUUGUUGUUGUUGUUGUCGCGCUGUUGUUGCAGACGACGUGCACGUUGUUUUUGUUGUCGGUGCCGUUUGGAGGUAGUAUUGGUUAUAUUAAAAGCCGUGUUAUUUCACCUGGUGGUGCUGUAGUUAAAACAAAAUAAAUAAAGUAGAUAGUGUUUGAGCAAUCGUUUCGAGAUGCCCAGCCAGACAACGACGAUUUUGUUGCGCUGCUCGAUGGUGGACGUACCGGUACCCAACCACGUGAACUUCAAGACUCUAUACAGCAGUCCUGGGACGCUGCACAAAGAUGGUGGUGGAGGGACGAAAGUUAGUGGAAAGUCAGUCGGCGGGGUCGGCUCUGCGACCCUCACCUCCCUCUCGUCCAUCGCCAACUCCACGAACGUCAGUAGAAACAAAAACGCCCCAAUCUCGCAUCGCGAGGUGCUGCCGUCCCUUGGGAACUCGAAGACGUCGCGGGUGGAUCGAUUGGACAACAAUAACGCCAACAACACGAACGCGAACAACAUCCACCUGCCCCUACACCACGACCCCUUCAACAGCAAUUCGCACACCGAUGGAUGUGGUAUACGAUUACCAAUGACUCCUGAACAAGCGACCAAGUACUACGGCUCCAAGCUCACGGAAUUCGAAAGAGCCGAGAUCGAAAAGUACUCGGAGAUCUGGUACCUCGGCCUGUCGGCAUGUAAGAUACACGGGGAAGAGGGUGCCUCCCAGAACGGCGGCUACGACGACGACAACGGCAGUUACAACAAGGUCCUCCACGACCACAUCUCCUACAGAUAUGAAAUCCUGGAAGUCAUUGGCAAAGGCAGUUUCGGCCAGGUGAUCAGGGCGCUGGAUCACAAGACCGGCCAGCACAUUGCCAUCAAGAUCAUAAGGAACAAAAAGAGAUUCCAUCACCAGGCCCUAGUCGAAGUCAAAAUCUUGGAUCAUCUGAGGAAAAAGGAUGUCGAUGCUAGUUCUUCCCACAAUGUGAUACACAUGCUAGAGUACUUUUACUUCCGGAAUCAUCUGUGCAUUAGUUUCGAGCUGAUGAGCUUGAAUCUGUACGAGCUCAUUAAAAAGAACAAUUACCAAGGCUUUAGUUUAAGCCUCAUUCGAAGGUUCGCCAAUUCACUGGUCAAUUGUCUUAGGCUACUUCACCGAGAAAACAUCAUUCACUGCGACUUGAAACCCGAAAACGUUUUACUGAAGCAACGCGGCAGCAGCUCGAUCAAAGUGAUAGACUUUGGCUCGUCAUGCUACAGUCACCAGCGCGUCUACACGUACAUCCAAUCAAGGUUUUACCGGAGUCCCGAGGUUAUCCUCGGACUGCCCUACGGCACGCCGAUCGACAUGUGGAGUUUGGGCUGCAUUCUCGCCGAACUUUACACCGGCUACCCGCUGUUCCCCGGUGAAAACGAGGUCGAACAGCUGGCCUGUAUCAUGGAGGUGCUGGGCAAGCCCCCAGAUCAGCUCAUCAUUCACGCCACGCGUCGCAGGCUCUUUUUUGACUCCAAGGGUAAUCCUCGCAACAUAACCAACAGCAAGGGUAAGAAGAGGAGGCCUGGAACCAAAAGUGUCAUGCUGGCCCUUAGGUGUCGGGACCCCCUGUUCGUCGAUUUCGUUAGCCGGUGCCUUGAGUGGGACUCGAAAAAACGCAUGACUCCGGAAGAAGCGAUGCGUCACGAGUGGCUGACCUCCUCGUCCUCGUCGCACCUGUCGUCCUCGUCGUCGACGAUGGCUUCCUCGAUGACCGGUAGCUUGGUCCUGAGCAGUGGUGGCGUCGUAGAGUCUAGCCAGCCGGUGCACGGCCAAACCGGCCUGAGCUGCGGAGCGACAAGCGUAUCGGCGACCGUCGGCGUUGUACAGAGCGUAGCGUCGAGCAACGCGCGCCGGCGUGCCGAGACGAUGGAAGAUCCCCAGCAGCAGUACGCGCUGCUGCAGCAGUACCAGCAGCUGUACCGGGGCCGCAAGUGCAUCUCCAAGAUCACGGGCAUCGACGCCCCGGACGGUGGCGCGUCCCUCGUCGUCAAGAACAAGCUCAACGGUAGUGCGAGCAGCCACGCCCUCACGGCCGGGGGCCAGACCGCGAGUUCGAGGCACGCCUCCACCGGGGACAUCGUCACGAGCCUCGAUCCCAGCCUCGACGACUCGGGGACCUUCCUGCCGCACAUCUUGUCUUGAAGCCGGGUGCGAGCUAGCCAUUUCUAAAGCGACACGCGAGCCACGACCGUCGUCUCUGAGCCCUUUGGAUUUUGUUCUUUCUUUGGAUCGUUGAGUCGCGCGCAGUUAAGCUGCCGAGGGGAGACAAAUGAUGUACUUGCUCGGGGCGCUGUUUCAGAGAUGAACUGCUUGCGCAGGGGGUAAAGAAAUUUUGGUAUUUUUGAUCAUCACUGGAAACAAGAGAUACCGAGGUGCGCAAAGUACACUAUAAUAUAUUGGGUAACUUUUUUUUUUUUUUUUUUCAUCAUCCAACUGAGCGGCGUAAUGAUUUUUAUUUUCUUUUUCUACGAGAUCUUGUACCGACAAUAAUUUUUGAAUCGGCCAAAUUGAGAUGAAUCCCGUGAUAAUACUCAAUGAAAUGAAUCAAAGCUGCGGAUCAGCUGAUAAUUUGUUACAUUAUACUCUGGAGGAUAAGCUUUGGAAAGAAAUGGCUGGCUAUUGUCGCAUCGAAUCGAAAUAACGUUUAGCCAUGACCCAACGAAAAUAAAAGGGGCGUAAUGACAAAAAAAGUGUAAGGCUCGUAUAUCUAGGCUAAUUACGCAUCGACUGGAGUUUAACGAUUAAUAGUAAAUGGAAAAUCGUCCUUCGUUUUCACGACCUAUACCAUGUAGCCAAGUCUGCUGUGUAAUUUUAAAUUUUAUAAAUGUUAUUUAUUGUCGUCGAUCAACGUCAUUCGAAAUCAUCUGCCUCAAACGCGUUGAACGAUCGACAACGACUUAUCGCUCUCUCGACGAGGAAGCCGAGCGGUAUGGGAAUCGAGAGAAAAACCAUGCACGAAACGCCAAAAGUUUAACGCGUCAAUAGUGAAAGUAAAAAUAUCGAAAGCAUCAGUUUUUUUUUUUUUUCUUCGAUGGCUCCAAAAACUGAUGUGUCGUGAGAUAAAGAUAACGCAGAUUGUCCUCCCGAUCGGCGUGACCCCGUUUUUUGCGAGGCCUGAGUAGUCUUAUUGUGAUAUUAAACUACCACUGUCUUACUUGGAUCUCUAAUGAUUGAGAAUGUAGCGCCGUCUAAUGUUAGUUUUUUUUUAAAUACUAUUUUAGACAUUAUUCUUAU